UUUCAAUUAAAGAGCCUUCAUGCUCAACUCAAACGACUAUGUGCUAAUACGGUUAAGAGCGACGAGUACAAUGAAACACCCUCGGAUCCUCCCGCUGUAAAACUGGCCAAAGCCCAGGAAAUCAUUCGCGACAGUCACGUGGCUUUAUUGGAUCAGGUAGAAAAUGCCAUCCACAUUUUCUCAAAAUUCGUCUACAGUUCAAUGGAUCUUCAAGAAAACACGAGAAACAAUAGCGAUGAGGAAAGCAGUUUUACUGAAAUCGCCUCGCAUGUGCCUGAGGCUUUGGCAAAAUUGGCUGCAGCAGUGAAUGAUAUACGCGCUCGCCUCUCCUGUGAUAUUGAGGGAAAUGACAGCGAUGAUGAUGAUGAUGUUGAAGGAGAAGGUGAGCUGAGUAAUGAAAUCAAUAAUUUGUCAAUGGACUUUGAUGGACGCAUAUUGCACCCAGAGGAAACUACGCCUUCUCCACUGGGCUUCACAAUCAUUCUGAAGGCGGCAGGGGAUACAGAUGAAAUAAGUGAAAGCGAAAUAUGA